AUGCCGAUUACAAGAUCAAGCUGCAUAGCAACUGGUGUCACAUUUAAUACGGAACAGCGGCAAAGUUGUUCCCGACCUACAUUCGACAUAGAACCCACGUAUCGGAAGCACCGCAAGCGCACGGAAACGGGGUUACUAACGCAGAAAAGGAUUUUAGGUCUAGGGAAAACGACGAUACUGACCCGUAAAUCUAGAAAUCCAAGACUCAAUAGAAUCUAUUUAUGUACAUUUGAACAAAUAUCGCAAAGCUGUAUAUAUUUUCUAUUAGUUUUAGUAAUCCUAAGCCGAGAUACUAGUAGUGCUUUGCAAAAUAGCGAGCAAUACACCAGAACACUCAGUAACACGAGUGUGGCACUUAGCAAAGAAGACCUGCAAGCCAAUAAGCACUCUACCCACAAGGUUGUCUUAAGCUUCGGUUUUGAAAAAAGUCUUGGGGCGAUUAAAGCUAAAGGCCAAGAGGGCCAAGCACAGAUAAUUAGCAAUGGGAAACAUUUAAACAGUUAUAUAAAUACUCAUAAAAACGGAGCCAGCCGAAAGAAUGAUGUUGAGUUGAAGCAACAGAUUGAUGAGCAAUUACAAAGCCUUGAUCUCGACGUGUUCGACAUUUUUGGCGCCUAUAGUAUUCCCAAGGAUGCGAUAUAUACGAACGAGUUUGCGGUGCGAAUACCAGCCGGUAAGCAACAGGCUGAUGUGAUCGCAGCAAAGUACGGCUUUGAAAAUAAGGGACAGAUCGGAGCUCUUGAUAAUUAUUAUCUCUUCCAACAUCUUCACGUUUCGAAGCGUUCGCUGCGUUCCAGUCGAGAGCACCAAAGAGCCCUUAGAUCGGAAGAUGCAGUAGAGUGGAUGCAGCAACAGCACGAAAAAGUGCGUAGGAAGCGUGAUGGUCCAUACCAGGACUUGCCUACUUACAGUCCAUAUAAUGUUUUGCGUCCAACUGGUAGCUUUGUAGUCGACACGAAUCCGCAUCUUUCAUUCUCUCCAGAGUCCCUUUCGCUAACUGCGCACUCAACUCGCAUGGAGUACCGGGAUGUCGGUUCGCAUUCAAUUUUUCCGGAUCCGUUGUUCAAGGAGCAGUGGUAUCUGGUGAGUAAAAACGGAGGUGCCAAAGAUGGUUUGGAUAUGAAUGUGGGACCAGCAUGGCAAAAAGGCUACACUGGGAAAGGAGUGGUGGUAUCCAUUUUGGAUGACGGCAUCCAGACAAACCACCCGGAUCUGGCUCAGAACUAUGAUCCAGAAGCUUCGUUCGACAUAAACGGAAACGACUCUGAUCCAACACCCCAAGAUAAUGGGGACAACAAACACGGAACCAGAUGUGCCGGUGAAGUUGCGGCAGUAGCCUUCAACAAUUAUUGUGGAGUGGGUGUGGCUUAUAAUGCCAGUAUAGGCGGAGUUCGUAUGUUAGAUGGCAAGGUCAACGAUGUAGUGGAGGCACAAGCAUUAAGCCUUAAUCCUUCGCAUAUCGACAUUUACAGUGCCUCAUGGGGACCAGAGGAUGAUGGCUCAACGGUCGACGGACCAGGACCGUUGGCGCGCCGGGCCUUCAUCUACGGUGUUACUAGCGGGCGGCAAGGAAAAGGCUCGAUAUUCGUGUGGGCUUCAGGAAAUGGUGGUCGCUACACGGACUCUUGCAACUGUGACGGAUACACCAACUCAAUCUUCACACUUUCUAUUUCGAGCGCUACUCAAGCUGGUUUUAAACCCUGGUACUUAGAGGAAUGUUCCUCCACCCUAGCCACUACGUAUAGUUCGGGAACUCCGGGUCACGAUAAAAGCGUGGCUACUGUGGACAUGGAUGGCCGCUUGCGGCCUGAUCACAUUUGCACUGUAGAGCACACUGGAACUUCUGCUUCAGCGCCUCUCGCGGCAGGCAUAUGUGCACUGGCACUCGAGGCAAACCCUGCCUUGACGUGGCGCGACAUGCAAUAUUUAGUUGUGUACACCUCGCGUCCCGCGCCCUUAGAAAAAGAAGCCGGUUGGAUGCUUAACGGUGUGAAGCGGAAGUACAGCCAUAAGUUCGGGUAUGGGUUGAUGGACGCCGGGGCAAUGGUUUCAUUGGCGGAGCAAUGGACUUCUGUUCCGCCACAGCAUAUUUGUAAGUCACGAGAGAACAACGAGGACCGCAGAAUUGACGGUACUUAUGGUUUCACAUUGGACACACAUAUGGAUGUGAAUGGUUGUGCUGGCACCAUUAACGAAGUCCGCUAUUUGGAGCACGUGCAGUGCCGCAUUACACUCCGCUUCUUUCCGCGCGGCAACUUGCGCAUCCUACUUACGUCUCCGAUGGGUACCACCAGCACAUUGUUGUUUGAAAGGCCACGCGAUAUAGUGAAGUCAAAUUUCGACGAUUGGCCUUUCCUUAGCGUCCAUUUCUGGGGAGAAAAAGCUGAGGGAAGAUGGACCUUGCAAGUACUCAACGGCGGUCGGAGACGCGUGAACCAACCGGGAAUUCUUUCUAAGUGGCAGCUCAUAUUUUACGGUACCUCUGUUCAACCAAUGCGGCUAAAAUCUGAGCUUCUCAAUAGCAAUUCGCAGCUACGAAGUAAUCUGGGAUCGAAUCCGUUUCUAUUUCCCUCUGCUCCACCAUCGGGGUCGAAUAUCGGGCAGCCCGCCAAUGAAGGCGGAAACUUUAACACUGACAGCUUUUCGAGCUACCUCAACUACCAGAACAUUUUCACGAGCGCUGGGUCGAAUCCAGAACCAGCUACUGCUGCAUUGGAUGGCCGCAAUAUAAGCGUCCCUCUUACAGCUUCGGUUGACUCAUACACUUCUUCCGCUGCAUCUUUCGUUCAAGUUUUGGGAGCAUCUGACCAAAGAAGUAAAGAAAUGUUGAUAAUGCAUUCCUGUGAUUCUGAGUGUGAUUCUCUAGGAUGUUACGGAAGAGGACCCACCCAGUGUGUGGCCUGCAGUCAUUACCGACUGGAUAACACUUGUGUCAGUCGUUGUCCACCGCGCUCCUUUCCAAACCAGGUCGGCACAUGCUGGCCCUGUCACGAUACUUGCGAGACGUGUGCAGGUGCGGGACCUGACAGCUGUCUUACCUGUGCUCCAGCUUAUCUACAUGUCAUCGAUCUUGCCGUCUGCUUGCAAAUUUGUCCUGAUGGGUAUUUUGAAAAUUCUAGAAACAGAACAUGCAUACCCUGCGAAUCUAACUGCGCUUCGUGCCAGGAUCAUCCAGAAUUUUGCACAAGUUGCGACCAUCAUCUUGUUAUGCAUGAAAACAAAUGCUAUUCGGCUUGUCCGUUAAAUACGUUUGAAACAGAUGAUAAUAAAUGUGCCUUCUGUCACUCGUCGUGCGCCACUUGCAACGGUUCGACGGAGCAGGACUGCAUCACGUGUCGCCCUGGUCGAUAUGUCUGGAAAAAAAAAUGCCUUAACAGCUGCCCCAGCGGAUUUUUUGCGGACAAAAAACGGUUCGAGUGUAUGCCCUGCCAGGAGGGAUGCAAGAGCUGUACCAGCAAUGGAAUUUGUUCCGAGUGCCUUGAAAACUGGACGUUGAAAAAAGAUAAAUGUAUCGUGCCUGGAAGUGAGGCUUGUAGUGGAUCAGAGUUCUUCAGCCAAUCGAAAGGUCACUGCCGAGCGUGUCACCCUUCCUGUGAGAGCUGCAACGGGCCUACGGAAACGGAUUGCACGUCCUGUGCUCCGAGCCGGCUGCUGGAGCAGCAACGAUGUGUCAGCGGCUGCCAGGAAGGGUUUUUUAUGGAGACAGGCGUUUGCUCGCCAUGUCUUCAUACUUGCAACCAAUGCGUUUCACGUACCAACUGCAGUAACUGUUUGAAGGGUUUGCAGCUUCAAAACGGUGAAUGUCGCACCACCUGUGCCGAUGGGUACUACAGCGAUCGUGGAAUUUGCGCCAAAUGUCAUCUUAGUUGCCAAACUUGCAGCGGGCCUCGUCGCAAUCAGUGCGUGAAGUGCCCGGCCAGUUGGCAACUGGCAGCCGGCGAAUGUCAUCCAGAGUGUCCCGAGGGUUUUUAUAAAUCUGACUUUGGAUGUCAAAAGUGUCACCACUACUGCAAAACGUGCAAUGAUGCUGGACCCCUCGCAUGCACCUCGUGUCCCCCACACUCUAUGCUAGAUGGGGGCUUGUGCAUGGACUGCCUUAGCUCACAGUACUACGAUUCAACUACAUCAAAAUGCAAAACGUGUCACGAUUCGUGUCAUUCGUGCUUCGGCCCUGGACCGUACUCCUGUAAAGCUUGCUUAGCGCCACUUUUCCUGGACCAGCUUAAUAGCCAAUGCGUUUCCUGUUGUCAGAACCAAACAACUCUUUUGAACUGCUGUCAUUGCAGUGAAGAAACUGGCGAGUGUAAAGUCACCUCGACAAAUGGAAAACGUCGCACGGUUGUUGCAAGCGGCAAUUCGUAUGGAGGCGAUGUUGAAUCCAGAACACUUGGAAAUGAAGGAAAUAGCAACGAGUUCGUUCUGAACUUGAACUCACCACUGACGGCCAUCACAGCCAUUGCCGUAGCAGUUUGCUUGCUGAUCAUAACGAUUUUUUCUGUAAUAUUUGCUGUUUUACAGCGAAACAGUAAUCACGUCUUUAGGAAUUCAGUGCGCUAUAAAAAAAUAAUGAGCAAAUCCAGCAGGCGAAAAAACUCAUUAGCAACACCUAAAAGUGAGGCAAGAUUUAUAUUUAACAUUGGCGAGGACGACAAUAGCGACAACGAAAACUCCGAAGAUGAAGAAGACGGAAAUGUGGGCAUAGAAGUAAAGAGGAUUGUCUUUGAACCCAACGCUAAACCCAUACUUCACGGAAAACAGUUUUACAUUGAGAGUACAAAAGAUAUUGAUUCGAUCAAGUUUCAAUGCGAAGGCGAGCAGAAUUUGGAGCCCGAAUCCAUUAGUUUCGAGGAAACUACUGGUGACAUUAUUCUCGAUGAAAACAAGGACAGGAUUUCGCUAAAAAGUCAUACAUUUGUCUGUAGCUGAUUGCUCUAUCAGUGAUAAGCUCAAAAGCGAACGUAAUUGUACUAUCAAGAAUUUGAUCUUGGAUUUCUUGCUCCGGACAAGUAAAUUUUUACAUUACUUUGAGAAACAUAGAGUCGAAAUAUUUAACAUCUGAAAAUGAUAAAAUUUAUGUGAUUGUGAAUUGUUUUUAUAUAUAUACUUGUAAAUUUAAUGUUUGUAUUAAAUUUUUAUGAAAAAUGUUAUGUCAA